AUGAAGAACCUCAACCAGCUUGCUCGCGUCUUUGUCGUCGUCAUCCUUUGCAUGGCGGCAAUGGCCAUUGCCGAUAAGGGAAGUGGUGCUCGGACGUGCUUUCAGCAGACCGACUGCGUCCUGCACGGUUCCAUUUGCUGCGAAGCCUCGUCCGGUAACCCGCAGUGCUUUGCCAACAAGUGCCCCGACGGCUGGGAGAAGACGGGCUGA